AUGGCGGACAGGCGGGCGGGGGGCGCGGCGCCUGCGGGGGGCGGGGGGCGCGCUCAGCUCGCGGCCGGGGCGGGCGGGGCGCGGCCAGUCGGGAGGCGAGGACCCCGGGGUGGCGGCGCCAGGGAGGGCGCUCGUGGGGACCCUCCCCGAGCCCUUCGCCCAGCACCCCGGCACCCCGCGACCCCGGCACCCCGCGACCCCAGCACCCCGAGCACCCCGAACACCCAGCAUCCCGAGCACCCAGCACCCGCGCCCCCCAGCACCCCGAGCACCCCGAGCGCCCAGCACCCCGAACACCCAGCAUCUCGAGCACCCAGCAUCCCGAGCACCCAGCACCCGCGGCUCCCAGCACCCCGAGCACCCAGCAUCUCGAGCGCCCAGCACCCGCGGCCCCCAGCACCCCGAGCGCCCAGCACCCGCGGCCCCCAGCACCCGGAGCACCUAGCACCCGCGGCCCCCCAAGUCGAGCACCCAGCACCCCGAGCACCCAGCAUCCCAAGCACCCAGCACCCGCGGCGCCCAGCACCCCGAGCACCCAGCACCCCGAGCGCCCAGCACCCGCGGCCCCCAGCACCCCGAGCGCCCAGCACCCCGAGCGCCCAGCACCCGCGGCCCCCAGCACCCCGAGCGCCCAGCACCCGCGGCUCCCAGCACCCCGAGCGCCCAGCACCCGCGGCCCCCAGCACCCGCGGCCCCCAGCACCCGCGGCCCCCAGCACCCCGAGCACCCAGCACCCGCGGCUCCCAGCACCCGCGGCUCCCAGCACCCCGAGCGCCCAGCACCCGCGGCCCCCAGCACCCGCGGCCCCCAGCACCCCGAGCGCCCAGCACCCCGAGCACCCAGCACCCGCGGCCCCCGCAGUCCGAGCACCCCGCGCCCCGGCGCCACCCGCGCACCCCACGCCCUCACCACCCAGCUCCCCGCCGCCGUCCGGGCGCCGCUCACCUCUCCCGCCGCAUGUCGCGGGGCCGGGCGGGGUCCUGGCUCAGGCUGCGCCGCCCCGUCCCGGUCCCGGUCCCGGUCCCCUGGGCUGACCGCGCUCGGGGGGCGCGCGGCGUGUCCCGGGGAGGCCAGGCGGUUCGCCUUCUAAGGCCAAGGCUGCGGGGGGCGGAGCCGCGGAGGCUUAAGGAGGCCCCGCGAGUUGCCUCGUCCGCCCCGCCCGGCGCCCGGCCUGCAGGCGGUGGGGUGCAGCCCGGACACGUCGGGCGGGGCUCCCCGAGUCGGCACCGGCUCCGCAUGGCCACGCUCCGCGGGGGCUGCCGGGAAAUGGGGGGGCGAGCAGCAGCUGGGGCAGCCCGCCAGGACGCAGGAGCACGCCUGGGCCCACGCCGCGCGUCCCGCGGCAGGUCUGCCGGAAAUUGUAGUCCGGCGCGAGCGCUGCUCAGGCUCAGGAAGAAGCAACAGGACUCGGAGUCCCAGCGUGCUCCGGGGCGCGCCUGCGGGCCACCGCACACGCCCCGUGGCUUCCCGGGAAUUGUAGUCCACUGCGGGCGGAGCUCUGUGGCGGGGACGGGCGGCGGGACUCCAAUUCCCAGGCAGCCCCGCAGCCUCCCGCCGCCGCCGCCGCCGCCGCCGCCGCCGCCGCCUCCGCCGCCGCCCCGGGCGUUCUGGGCGCCGCCACUGCGCUGCUUCGCGGGCGGAGGCCCGGCGUCCCCGGCGGGCGAGGCUGCGGGUGGGCGCUGCGGGACCUGGAGCGGGGCGGCCGGGAGGCCGGGAUGGAGCCCCCCGGAGGUGGGCGCGGCGGGCGGGGCCGGGCUCCCGGGGUGGGGGUCGGCGGCGGGGCCCCCGGUGGGGUGA